UCGGGAAGGGGCUGCUCGGCCCCCUCCCCAGUCCGGUGCCGGGCGAAGUCUCCAGCGCAGGGUCCAGGGACCAGCAGCUGAAAACGCCCGGGUUCCGAAGCCAACAGGAGCUUUAGGCUGAGACUCCAAAGGCCUGGGUGCAAGUUGAGGACUGGACCAGGCUCCCCUCUCCAAAAUCCCAGGAUGCCCCUUAGCUGCCCCGGCUCCUGACCUCAUGGAGCCCUCGACCUCUCCAGGGGCCCAGAUGGAGGUCCCCACUGGCAGUGAGGAGCCCUCCUCUGUGCCUCCAGACUAUGAAGAUGAGUUUCUGCUGUAUUUGUGGCGUGAUUAUCUGUACCCGAAGCAGUAUGAGUGGGUCCUCAUUGCAGCCUAUGUGGCCGUGUUCCUCAUAGCCCUGGUGGGCAACACCCUGGUCUGCCUAGCGGUAUGGCGGAACCACCACAUGAGGACGGUCACCAACUACUUCAUUGUCAACCUGUCCCUGGCUGACGUGCUGGUGACAGCCAUCUGCCUGCCUGCCAGCCUGCUAGUGGACAUCACUGAGUCCUGGCUCUUCGGCCAUACCCUCUGCAAGGUCAUCCCUUAUUUACAGGCCGUGUCUGUGUCGGUGGCAGUGCUGACUCUCAGCUUCAUCGCCCUGGACCGCUGGUAUGCCAUCUGCCAUCCACUGCUGUUCAAGAGCACUGCCCGGCGUACCCGGGGCUCCAUCCUGGGCAUCUGGGCCGUGUCACUGACUGUCAUGGUGCCCCAGGCUGCUGUCAUGGAAUGUAGCAGUGCGCUGCCUGAGCUGGCCAACCGCACCCGGCUCUUCUCUGUCUGUGACGAACACUGGGCAGAUGAACUUUACCCCAGGAUCUACCACAGUUGCUUCUUCGUCGUCACCUACUUGGCCCCACUCAGCCUCAUGGCCAUGGCCUAUUUCCAGAUCUUCCGCAAGCUCUGGGGCCGCCAGAUUCCCGGCACCACCUCAGCUCUGGUCCGGAACUGGAAGCGGCCCUCGGACCAAAUGGAGGAGCAGGGGCAGGGCCUCAGUGUAGAGCCCCAGCCCCGGGCCCGGGCCCGCACCUUUCUGGCUGAGGUGAAGCAGAUGCGAGCUCGGAGGAAGACGGCCAAGAUGCUGAUGGUGGUGCUGCUGGUCUUUGCCCUCUGCUACCUGCCCAUCAGCGUCCUCAACGUCCUCAAGAGGGUGUUCGGGAUGUUCCACCAAGCCAGUGACCGGGAAGCUGUCUACGCCUGCUUCACCUUCUCCCACUGGCUGGUGUACGCCAACAGCGCCGCCAACCCCAUCAUCUACAACUUCCUCAGUGGCAAAUUCCGGGAGCAGUUUAAGGCUGCCUUCUCCUGCUGCCUGCCUGGUGUGGGUCCCUGCGGCUCUCUGAAUGACCCCAGGCUCCGCUCCUCUGCCAGUCACAAGUCCCUGUCCUUGCAGAGUCAGUGCUCGGUCUCCAAAGUCUCAGAGCAUGUGGUGCUCACCAGUGUCACCACAGUGCUGCCCUGAGUGAGGGCCACCCUGGAGGUUCUGGGAGCUGCAGCUGAUUCCUGCCUGGGCUGCUCCUCUGGCUCCUGGGAUCCAUCCCUGGAAAGGCUUCUGGAUGCAGUGAAAGGCUGCAGUUCUGGUUUUACUGCCUGUGAGACUCUGAACAAGUCAUUCUCUCAGAGCUUGUGUUCUUUAAGCAGGGGUGAUGUGAGGCUAAAGGAUGCCCAAGAAAGUGGAAAGCUCUUCGUAAAUUGUGAAGUGCUUUGGAUGUGGCUACUGUUGUGCUUCUCUCCUUGGCCACACCCGACAGUACCAUCCGCCCUUAUCAUCAUCCAACAUUGGCUUUCCUCCCAGAGACCCCUCUCCUGUCCAAUUAUACGCCUUCCCCGGAGCCUGCUAUAAAGGUCCCCACAGCAUUUCCAUCUGGACCAGGGGCUCCCUAAAGCCCAGAGCUGCACUCAGCCCGCUGCCCUGAUGCCUGUGUGAAUUAAUCUGGGCCCAGCCUUUCUUCAGUGAGGCCAUGAGCACAACCCAUCCUCACCAGGUACUGAGCGCAUGCACAAUAGGCUGGACCCUGUUGGCUCUAUGAUAUGAUAAAAUACUCUUGGUCAUUCGGCAUGGAGGCCAGCAGCCCAAAGCAAUUGUAAUUAAAAACCUGGCACUGAAUGUUCCCUUUCCUGGUCAUUACACAAAAUCUGUGCUGCUCAGGAUAGAAGAAGGUGAGGUGAGUAGGCACUGGAAUGCUAUUAUCUGUAGACUGCUCCUACUCCCUGCUCAAAUGCACUUGGCCUGGCCUCAAAGUGCACACAGUGGUACUUCCUCAGUGGUGCCACACCUCUCAUGUCCAGAACCUCAAACUUUGACACACUGCAGGCUCCCAGCCAAAUAGCCUCUUAGUAAGGGGAUAGGGCGGGUAGACAUAGGUUAACAGACUUACCGUUCCUUCACCAUCUUGAAAACUGGGGCUUCAUUUAUUCACUAUGAGCUCACAGGAUAAAGAGACAAAGCUAUAAACCUGGCCAGACGUGCUCCAGCUGCCACCGAGAUAAUUAUAGGGCUGCCAGAGGCCCUGAUCCUUGUUGGCAGAGUAGGAUAUGAGUACAUUCUGAAGUGCUGCUCUGCUGGGAGGCACAGGAGACAUCUGGCUCAGGCCAGCGCAGCCACACACACCACCAGUUCUGCUUAAAUUGAUUAAUGGAGCUUCCCCCAGCCUCAGCUGUCAAGAAGUGGAGACGUGCCUAGGCAUGGCUUGUCUUGGGCACCCCACUUCACCCAGAGCAGGUGGAUGCUGUGCUGCCUUUCCUCACUCUCCACAAGUCACUCGCACAGCCCAGCUCACAGUGGACAGUGCAGUUGCUGCCGGGAGGGACAGGCUGUCCUGUUCUCCUAAGCGCCCACUGCCUUGGGCUUGGCCUUGAGCCACUUGCAAAGCUCACAGGCAGGUCUAGAGAGGUGUGCAGAACAAGGCAGGAGGACCCCAGCCCAGAGCCAACUAUGCCUGCAAGGAUCCACCCAGAUCUUGGGUUCCUCAUCCUGAUGACACAAAGGUAGAGAUGGUGAAUGAUACUAUUCUGAAGAUGUGUUUCAGAGCAAGAGAUGUAGCUCAGUGGUAAAGCAUUUGCAUGUGCAAGGCCUAGAGUUGAGUCCCAGCACCAGGUAAAAAGUAAAAAAAAAAAAAAAGGGUUUCGGUGGAUACUCAUUCAGCUGGAACAACAGGAUCUUCCUCUAAUGGCUGCAGGUCUGCCCUGCAGUCUGCUAGUUGGUCAGCAGCAUGGUGCGUUUUAUGCUUCCUUUGUGGGGUACCUGGGUGCUCAGUAAGGAGCAGCUGAAGAACCCAGGGAUAUGUGGCACGCGUGUGUGUGGCGAACUGCACUACCCAGCUGGAAGACUGGCACGCAGGAAGGGGUGAUGUGGCCCUAAAGAGAAAACCAGACAAAUGGCUAGUGUUUCCAAGGUGAUUUAAAAUCCAUAUCAAGAAGUUUCUACCAAGUAAAGAGGAAAUGAGCGAGGCCCUGAGUCUUUGUCAUUGGAGUUUUACAAGAAGCUGGACUCCCAGGCUGUCCCUGGGGGAUAUUAGCUGUAGAUAGGGCCUGGCCUCAGGCAACUAGAUCCCAUCUAAUUCUGGAUUCCAGUGGCACAGCAGUGUAGAGAAGGAAGCUGAACUGGCUGAACCUGACUUGCCUGCUGGGCCUUACAGGCUUGCUCAGCAGUUGUAGCUACUCCCUGCACUACAGGGAGGAGAGGGCUCAAAGCUCUUAUCUUCAUCUCCAAAAGCCAAAGGAUUAUCACACCAUUGCCAGCGAUAAGGCUCCAUUGGCAAACUAGAAUAUCUGGUGUCUUCAGCUUUUGAUUGAAAUUUUGUCAGCUCCUUAUAGACUUCCAAUGUAGACUGGGUAUCAUGCUGAUCUAGAGAUCCAACCGGCAGGUACAGAUGUCUGUGCUUAAUAAAAUGGGGAAAAUUUUAACUUCAUAAAUGGAGUUUUGUCUGGAAGAUAAAACUCAGGUCUGAGAUGAUAAAAAGGCCAAGAUGUGAAAAGUAACUUCUAUGAAACACAGUCAGCUUCUUGAGUUGAUCCUCAGCCACUUGAAGUGAACCUGGCAGGACAAAGUGAGUGGCCCAAUGCCUUCGAUUCACCCUGGUAGGAGAAACCAUCAGCCACAGUCUGCUCCCCAACCCCAGCUGCUUCUUUCUGUAUGGCUUGGUAUACAAUAUUGCUUAAAUAUUUGCUGAAUGAAAGAAUAAACAAGUGAACGAACAGAUGAGUAUGAACCUGUAGCUGGGUCGUCAUGGUAGAAAACAAAGGACUCCAGAGUUAGAAUGGUAUCUUUUUAUUGAAGCUUAUAAUUUCACUGGACUUUUGGCCCCAAGUGAAAAAAAAACAAAACAAAACUGGAGAAAAAAGAAAGCAUUGGCAUUUGGGGUGACAAGGUCCCCCGGGGACUAAAGCUGAGCAAAAGCAUGGCAGGCAAGUGCGGGGUCCAAGUUUCAGAGUGUAACUGCCUGGCCAGAGAUGCCCAGAGGGCAUUUGUCCAAGCUUCCUGAGCAGGGACAGCCCCAGACACCUAGAAGUUUAUACACAACAACUUGUGGGUGAGGGAAAAUCCAAGCCACUGGUCCCCUGGGGAAAUCUCUCUUAUUCUCAGACAGAUUCCAUUUUGGAGAAAAUGGGCUCUGGGCUCAUCUGAUAAGAUGGCCUGGGUGAGGGAAGACAGGCAGUAAUACUAAGAGGCCGAUGAACACUUACUACUAGCAGCAGGAUACAGAGGGGAAAGCUGGAGGCCA